GUCACACGGCGCUGCACUGAGCCGAGCUUGCCUGCAGCAGCCGCUUUAUAAAGAGCUAUAUUUACCGAACUCUACGUGGUUUCCUGAGCGCUCACAAUUGGCCGAGCAAGAACUGCCCGGAGAGUUAAAAGGUCGGAGGACCUCCUACCACUUUUCAAAAACUUUGUUCAUGCCUGUGGAGAGACACAGUGAAGCAGCGGGCGCACGGACUCCAGGCGCGCAACCACUCCAAGGACUCCGCGUAUCCCAGUUUGAUUAUACCGACCAGAAGAUGGCUUUAUCCGGAGUGAUGCUGCCGUCGUUCGCCACCUUUACGAACCAAAGAGAGAAACCCUGGGAAAACCGGUGGAAAGGAGAGAUGGACAAACUGGUCUCCAGCAGCUGCUCGAUGCUUGAAAUGGUACAAAACCUGGACAAUCACAGCAAAAAGGACGACGAGGAUCUGAGUAACUAUCUCGAUCUGGAUUUUAUUCUCGCCAACACGACCGGCUCCGACAGCGGGGCGGAGUACUUGGGCACCGUGGAGCCCAACAUGUACACCACCGGACACUCGGUGCCAUCCUACCCGGCAGAAGACCACCGCUCCCCGCCGCCCCCGUACGGCGUCAGCCUCAUGACCGAGCUGCUGCGCUCCGAAGGAACCAACAACUAUGGCAUUACGCGCAACCCCGGUGUUCAGGGGCGGUUUUAUGUCAACACUGCGCCUUUUCCCCGCCUGGACAACAUCAAAGUGGAGCCAUCCAUGGACGCGUACGGCCCCAUCGUGGGCAUGGUGCCUCAGAGCUGCAGCAAAAUCAAGCAGGAGGGGAACGUUUCGUGCAUGAUGUCCUUCGAGCAGCCCCGGGUGGCCAUCUCCCCGCGGGCAGCCAGCAACAUGACGCCGCCGCUCAGCCCCGACGAGCAGGGCGUCUCGGACUGCCAGGCGCAGAUGUGCCACUCCAUGAACUUCCAGCAGAAGUAUCACUCGGCGGUGCCUUUCCCGCACCACCCGCAGGCCCCGCAGCUGCACAUGUCCUACCACAACCCGCACGGCGCCUUCGGCAUGUACGACGAGGGUCUCAGCCUGCAGCCCGGCGCGCAGAGGGUGAUGCUCACACCGCCCUCCUCGCCCCUGGAGCUGCUGGAGUCCAAACCCAAGAGAGGCAGACGCACAUGGCCGAGGAAGCGCACGGCGUCGCACACCUGCACGUUCGCAGGCUGCGGCAAAACUUACACCAAGAGCUCCCACCUGAAGGCUCACCUCAGGACUCACACCGGUGAGAAGCCGUACCACUGCAGCUGGGAGGGCUGCGGCUGGAAGUUCGCCCGUUCCGACGAGCUCACCCGUCAUUUCCGAAAACACACCGGACACAGGCCGUUCCAGUGCCACCUGUGCGAGCGGGCCUUCUCCAGGUCCGACCACCUGGCUCUUCACAUGAAGAGGCACAUGUGAGGGGACCCCCCUAUAAGGACUUGGGGUUCAGGGGGGGGGAUGGUGUUAUUUUUAUUGUGAUCCAACUGAUGUAUGUUUUUAUUUAAGUUGUUCUCCACAUGACCAAAGUCUUUUUUUAUAUAUAUAUAAUAUUGAAUUUAAAAAAAAAAGAAGUUUUAGUGUUAUUAUUUUCUAAUGACGUAGCUGGUACUACUUUGGUUCUAUGAAAGCUUUAGAAAAGCUUUGUUUGCUUUAGAGCAGGCAGACCAAGAAGGGGCUGGCCCUGUAUAUACUACUCUUCCUUGACACAACUGGAAUGCGGUGUUUGACACAAGUGCCUCUCUCAUGACUGUGCUACUGUAAAAACUCUUCAGUGACAGAAAGACAUGGCCACAAAACAGGACAUGUUCUCGUGGACGGGAGUGAGAUGCACGUGCAGUUGCCAAAAGCCUGUGCAAAGACAAUGUUUUAUUUAAACUGCCUCAAUGUCCAAAUGGCCUGAACUGUUUUUGUAUUUUAUUGCUUCUUCCUGCUCGGAGUCGCCUCUGUCUCCUGUGGUGUGAAACUCCCGGAUCCAGCCCCUGUGUACACUAUCAGGGCUUGAUGUCCUGUGCAUUAUUUUUUACUUAAAUUUAUAAGAAUAUGUAAAUGGAAUUUUAUACUGUAAAAUGUGUAUUUAUUGUAAAUAUUAAAAAUCAAUGAAAUUGAA